AUGAGUAGCGUGGCCAGCUUCAAACUUGUGCUGCUAGGUGAAUCGUCUGUAGGAAAGUCCAGCGUUGCUCUCCGCUUCGUCAAAGACCAGUUUGAAGACUAUCGAGAGAGCACCAUCGGCGCUGCCUUUCUGACACAGACUGUGCGCCGGCAGGAUGGUGCAACCAUCAAGCUCGAGAUCUGGGAUACGGCAGGGCAAGAGCGAUACAAGUCUCUUGCACCCAUGUACUACCGAAAUGCGCACUGUGCACUUGUUGUGUACGAUAUCACCGAGCAAGAGAGCUUUGAAAAUGCCAAGAGCUGGAUCCGUGAACUGCAACGGCAUGCAGAUGCUAAUAUCACGAUUGCUCUAGUAGGCAACAAGUUGGAUCUAGCAGAGACAAGCCGUACCGUUUCAGCAGAAGAUGGCCAAAAGUAUGCCGACUCUGAGGGUCUCAUGUUUAUGGAGACGUCAGCAAAGACGCCAACGAACGUCACGGAACUUUUCACAUUGGUGGCAAACAAGCUGCCACUGGACCGAGGUAUGGGUGUCAAGCGCGGUGAAUCUGCUGCUGGUGGUGGCAGUGGUGGUGCAGCAGGCGCUUCGGCGCGACCUGCGAAUGGCCCUGUCAAGCUCGGUACAUCAUCUCAGCCGUCGACCAACCAAGAUGCGUGUUCUUGCUGA